AUGUCACCAACGGCCUAUAGAUCACGAUCGCGUUAUUCACGAUCUCCUUCACCACCACGUCGUCGUCGUCGUUCACCUUCUUACAGCCGUUCGCGUUCACCUUCUUAUUCAUCACGCUCACGUUCGCGUUCUCCUCGUCGAUCAUUGUCACCAGCGCUUACUCCCAAAAACACAGUUUUGGUCACCAAUCUGACACGCAACGUUACAGCUGAUCACGUCAAGGAGAUUUUUGCACAGUUCGGCUCGGUUGUUAAGGUCGACUUUCCCGUGAACCAUAGAUUGAAUACCAACACAGGACGUGCGUAUGUUGAAUAUGAAAGCAAGGAAGAUAUGGACAAGGCAAUCAGUUACAUGAAUGGGGGACAAUUGGAUGGCAAACACUUGGAUGUGGGCGUGGCACCAGCACAUCGUUCUCCUUCUCCACCAUCGCACCGUAGAGGAUAUUCGCCUCCACCUCCAUCCAGAUAUCGACGUGGUGGUGGUCGACCUUUACCAUCAGGUCGUCGUGGUCGUGACCGAUACCUUCCUAGCCGUGAUCGUUACUCCAUGUCACGUUCUCGUUCGCCUAUUCGCCGUGGUCGUCGUUAUUCCUCUUACUCACGCAGCCGAUCGAGAAGCUAUUCACCUCGUGGCCGCAGCUAUUCACGUAGUCGAAGCUAUUCUCGCAGACGUAGCUAUUCACGUAGCUUAUCCAGUGGAAGAAGUUAUUCACCCCGCCGUCGUUAUUCGAGAAGCCGAAGCUAUGAUAGCCGAGAUUAUUCAUCGCGUAGCAAGAGCCGAAGCAUCUCACCUCCUCCUCGUGGUCGAAGCCGUAGAAGUAUCUCACCAAGACGUUGA